AUGCGAACUCUAGCCGAGUUUCAUAAAAAAGUCAAAAAGGACAUGAAGGAGGGAAGAAUCAUUCUUCGCGAUUUUGCCCCGAAGAGUCUGAAUCCCUCAGAAAUGAAAAUCGAUGAGAACAAGGAGAAAAAACACGAAGAUGAGGACGUCGAAAAUGGCGUGGAACAUGGCAGCGAUGAUUCAGAGAAUCUGGAAGAGUCGACCGAUUCCGCCGAUAAUAAAUUUACACCUGAGCAGAAAAAAUGUCUUCGGAGAAUAGAGGAGGUGCACGAUGAAUUCAAAGCCUCGGCGGAGCAAAGUCUGGAAAAGAAUUUCGCUCGGAAAAUUCAAAAGAAUAAACGAAAGUGCGCCAGGUCGAGAGAAAUGAUGAAAAAAGAGGAUAGAUCGUCGCAUCAUCCUCAUCACAAACUAAAUGACGGUUACAUGUUACCUGUCAAUGAAAAUGCGCGGCCGAGUCUGUUCCGAAGCACGCUAACGAACAAAAUCACCGAUCGAACUCGGCAUCAGCAGCUUCCCGAGUUGAAGAGCCUUCCGAACUCGAUCAACUGGCUUCCCUUGUCGCACAACUUCAAGAGCGAGGACUCGCAAGGCAUCACGCACAUCCCCUACAUGGGCGACAAUCUGGACUACGAAUUCGUCGAAGAUCUAAUCGCUAUCCACGGCAAUGUAAAUACCACUUUCCAGACACUUCACAGAGACGUCGAAAUUCUGGCCAUAAUCAAAAAAGUCUUUGAACAAGAAAAAGUCAGCUUCGAACAUGCAGAUCUUGAGGACGUUCGGAAUGAGAACUUGAUGCUGCUGAUAGGCAAAAUUCUCGGCUGCACAGAUGAGAAGAUUAAAUCGGUGAUAGAAACGGCCAGACUAGAUACGAAGCUCAAAAACUUACCUUCAAUAGACAAUGACAAUUUCUCCGAAAAACAAAUCGGCCCGGCCGGACUGAUGUCUUCCUUUCGCGAAAUUUUCUGCUAUCGCUGCUCAAAAUACGACUGCUUUCUUCACAGCGGCGAGCAAAAGCCUGAAAUUGAGCAUCUCAUGGAAAAGUCGAACAAGGAGAAUAAAUUAAGUGAUCGAGGAUUCAAUAGAAUCGCGGAAGAAGCAUGUGGAGAAGACUGCUUUUUGCAUGUUGAGGGGCUCGGAAAAUGCGUUUCUAAUAUUCAACGGGGAAAGAAAAAGUCCAUGACAAUGGAAGAGGAAGAAGAGUACAAAGAAUCGGUCAACUUCGCGAUGGAAUUCCUCAAAUCUCAAGAAAACUCGCCUCCGUGGAAAGACAACGAUUUAAUCAUACUCGCGAAGCUGAAAGAAAUGUACAAAACAAACUUUUGUUCGAUGGCGCAAAUGUUGAUUGGUAGCAGGAAAACCUGCCUGGAUGUUUGCGUGCAGGUUCUGAAGAUGUGUACGGCUCCAGCUAGCGACGGGGAAAAGAUUGUGAUUGCCAAUUUGGAAAGUAUCAAAGAUUUUUCGCCGGUAAAGAGGAAAUCCGCCGGCCCAGCUAGGAAAAAAGUCAUGAAGCACAAGAAUCAAGUGAACCAACACCAUUACGAGCCGUGCGACCAUCCAGGAUACCCCUGCACUGCUGCUAGAUGCACUUGUGUCCAAAGAGGCAACUUCUGCGAGAAAUUUUGCAUUUGCGAUUCAAAGUGUCACCAUCGCUUUCCCGGCUGCAAUUGCAAAACUGACUGUGGAACAAAAUCGUGCCCAUGUUUUGCUGCUCAGCGAGAAUGCGAUCCCGACAUUUGCUUCUCUUGCAAGUCGUAUAUGCCAAUGACCGAGGUUCGAAACGGAAACUGUCGAAAUGUCUCGCUUCAACAAGGCUUCAAAAAGCAUCUUCUCGCGGCGCCAUCUGAUGUUGCUGGCUGGGGAUGUUUCCUAAAGGAUACUGCCGAAAAAGGCGACUUGAUUUCCGAGUACUGUGGCGAAAUCAUCACCCAAUACGAAGGCGAUCGACGAGGAAAGCUCUACGAUAAGAAAUCGUGCUCAUUUCUUUUCGAUCUCAACAGUGACUAUUGCGUUGAUGCCGCUAGAAAGGGAAACAAGAUUCGAUACGCAAAUCACAGCUUGUAUCCAAACUGCGAGUGUCGAAUCAUGCGAGUGAAUGGCGACCACCGAAUUGGUAUCUUUGCAAAAAAGGAUAUCAAACUUGGAGAAGAACUUUUCUUCAACUACCGCUACAGCGAGGAAGACAACGCCAAGUACGUCGGUGUCGAACGCGUCGGCAAAAAUAAAAACAAGAAAGGAGCGAAAGGCGGAGGAGGAGCUAAUGGCGGCGCGGCGAAGAAGUCCUCUCGCCCAGCGAAGAAAGCAUCAACUGGCAAGAAUGGCAAUGUUGCAGCGGCUCAACCGACUUCGCGAAAACGAAAGCACGAAAAUUGA